CCCCUCGUCCAAGCGCGGCUCCGAGACAGCGGUCCGCGGGCCGACGGCGCGGUCGGCUGGGGAGUGAGCCCUGACCCCCAGCCGCGACCUCGCCCGCGGGGCUCGUGACCGGCUCCCGCCGGGGCGGGGGGGGGUCCCACAGGCUUCCUCAGGCUUCGAGUUGAGCAUUAUUUUGAGGUGCAGACAGUUGAGCGUUUUAAGAAGAAAAUUCGAGCGAAAAACGACAAACACAACCACCCUUUUCUUGGACACGGUGCUCGUGCCACGCGAGCGGUUCCGGCGCCGGGCCCGUCGCGGGUACACGCGCGGUGUCAGACUCCGGGGCCCAGGGGCGCGCCGGGGCCGGGAGGGCGCCCCGCUCCCCGCGCUCGUCUCGGGACGAGCCAAGCCGCCGCGGCCGUGCGGCGCGGAUGCGUGGGAAGGGGCUGUGCAUACGAGGCGCUGGCGGAGAGCCCUGGAUGGCGGGACAGCAAGGCGGCCCCGGCCCCGCACCGGGGAAGGGCCGCGGCGGAACGCGCCUCCCGCGCGCUCGCGCUUGCCAAGGGGAGGGCGGAAGUGUGGACCGGCGAGGGCGGAAGCGCCUGCCGGGGGAACGGCGGGACGGCGGACCGCUGAGGGUCCGCUUCCGGCGCCAGAGCUGCUGUAGCCAUGGCGGCGUGUGGCCGGCAGGUCUUCGGCUGGCAUCGCCUGGUCCCCCUCACCUGGUCCCACGUUGCUAGGCAGACCCAUCAUGGAGAACAGAAAAGAACGUCUGCAUCUUUGUUGUGUAAACUGACCACAGCCUCCAAUGGAGGGGGCCUCGAGAACUUAUCCCAUGUGGAAUCCAGAAAGUAUGUGCUGGAACCAGAGUGCAGGACAAGCCUCAUUCCGUGCCCCCUUGAGAAGCAGAGGACUGCUGUGGCUCCAGGGUUCAUAGAGCGAGAGAAGGUCGUCCGUUCCCUCCUGGACAUGGGUUUCAGCGACAUCCACAUUAACGAAUUGCUCUGUCUGUGGCCAAGUAUGCACCCUCAACAGUUGCUGGACAUCAUUUCAGAAUUAAUACUGUUGGGUUUGAACCCAGAGCCUGUGUAUGUGGCCUUGAAGAGAAGUCCUCAGUUGUUGAAAUUGCCUGUAACACACGUGAGGAGGCGCUCUGGUUACCUGCGAAAGCUUGGUCUUGGAGAAGGGAAAUUAAAGACGGUGCUUCUCUGUUGCCCUGAAAUCUUCACCAUGCAUCAGAGGGAUGUUGACAGCAUUGUUGGUGUUCUCAAGGAGAAAUGUCUUUUCACGGUACAACAGGUGACCAGGAUUUUGCACAGAUGCCCCUUUGUUCUUCGGGAGGACCCUGGUGAACUGGAAUACAAAUUCCAGUAUGCCUAUUUUAGGAUGGGGGUUAAACACGCGGACGUGGUGCGGACCGACUUCCUACAGUACUCCAUAACCAAGAUCAAGCAGAGACAUGUGUUCCUUGAGCGCCUAGGACGGUACCAAACCCCCGAUAAGAAGGGUCAGACACAGGUUCCCAAUCCUUUACUUAAGGACAUUCUCAGAGUCUCAGAAGCUGAGUUUCUGGCCAGGACAGCCUGUUCUUCUGCUGAGGAGUUUGAAGUUUUUAAGAAGCUCCUUGCUCGGGAGGAGGAAGAGGGGUCUGCGAGCCACAUGCCUGACAACAAAAGCUUAAGUCUGGACGAGGAGGAGGACGAGGAGGAGGACGAGGAGGAGGACGAGGAGUGACGGAAGGACUGGCUUGAAGAGCCCACAGAUAUCAAAGAAUAUUAUGAUUUUCUCGAAGCUUUUGAGAGCUUCGCUUGGAUCUUCUUAGGUUAUUUUUCCUUCUAAAACUGGUCGUCUGAUGAAGCAUUAUUAUAAAUCACCUGAGAGGGGGUCAGACUAAAUAGGAGCUGUGUUAGUUUGCUCCAUUGUCAGGUCUCCUUGGGGAGGGCCCUCUUCUCUCCUGCUUGGAAGACAGACUCUGAGCUGUUGAAAUCAGGGGACUCAGUACCUCAGCAUGAGGUUUUGUUUUCUCUCUGUUGAUAUGUGAUAACUCCAUGACAGUGUGGGGGGUGGGGUUCCUUCCUCUGGUUCGAGAGUCAUUUUACAUUUCCUUGUAAUGAUAAAGAUAAAAUUAUGAGCAGACAGUGCGGUUUUAGCUCAUCACAGCACUUUAUUUUAUGAAAACAAGUAGCGGGUUUUCCACAAAAACACUCGUGUGUUCAGUCCACAAAUACUGCUUCAUCACUGUGUUCAGUGGGCAGCGUGGUCGAGGAAGGCGCUUAGUCACGGUUUCGUUUGGCACAGCUCCUUAAUGCCAGCCGAGUGCCGGACUCCUUUUCUCUCUCUCUCUGAGCAGCGGGCCCUGGCUCUGACCUUCCAGGGAGGUUUGCUUUCACGCCAGCUCCUGGCCCGCAGACCGUCAGCAGCUCCGCAGUCUCCGGCGGCCAGCGAGCGCUGUCCUGGUGUGCGCCAGAGCAGGAGGGGGUGUGGGCGGUGCCGUCCGGUCACCUCCCCGUCACCCAGCUCAUAGCUGGGGCUUCCGGGACCCGAGGAGAAGAGCCUUCGCACAGGGUCUUGGAGCGGGGCGGGUCUAGUGUCAUCCAGGGAGCUCCCAGGACACCAUGGUGCUGGGAGUCCCCUUGGGGAACUUGGGGGGCCUGAGGGGUGAUUUAGAGUCUGUCGGGGGGUGGAAUUUGGUGUUCGUCAUCUCUGAGGUAGAGGCCCAGCCCCCACGGCCUGGGCUCUGUGAGGGAGGACUGGUGUACCCCAGGACGUCCUGCACAUCCCGUCCCUGGGGGGAGCUGGCACAUCGUUGAUGAUACAGAAAACAUUUUGGUGAUGUGACCAAAAUCCAGGUCUUGGCAGCAUUUUAGCUACUAGGUAAAACUGCAGAGACCGUGUCAAAAUCCUGUCGGGCCGCAGUUCUGAUCGGGAGUGAUCUUGCACCCAGGGGACACCCAGCAACAUCUGAGGACAAUUUUGGUUGUGAGGACCGGGGGAGGGUGCCUUUGGGAUGCAGCGGCUGGAGGCUGGGCUGCCGUGAACCAUCCCGCGGUGCGCAGGCGGCCUCAAACAGAAUCGAGCCUGCAGUGUCAGCAGUGCGCUCGGUCCGGCGGAAUGCAGCUGUAGCGAUUCGUGGCAACGCCGGAGUGGAAGCAGGCUUACAUUUCUUAUAUUUCUUUUAUUUAAAAGAAAGUAAAGAGCUGAGUUUUUAAGUUCCUUUCCUGCAUGAGCUGGAACACUGCUGGUGGAUUCGAGCUGUGUUUACUGUGGGGACUCAGCACUGACGUGUAGAUGCUUUUGUUUUCUUCUGGGCUCAUGUUCGAGCGGGACGGCAGAGAGAAAGACAAGUAGCUCGUGAGUCCCUGUGCAUCGGAGUGAGAUGUCGUGGCCAUAGGCGGCCAGCUGGAGGAGUCCCGGCUGUGGGGUUUGCUGGCCAAAGAGUGGUGGGGUUAGUGCCGGCCUCCUCAGCCGCCUCUGUGGCAGCCCACGUGCAAUGGGAAGGAAAGUUUUGUCUCCACUGGUUUUCUUGGCCAUGCGCAAAAUUAUUGAAAACGAAGGCAUUUCAUUCUGCCACUCUUUUCACUUAGUCUCCCAUGUGGUGGUGUCCCAAGUGACUGGCACUUUCCCUGGAACCUCAGAUAGGUUCUUGCGUCCAGUCGGGGGACUAAGGAGAAUUAUAAAUUUGCAUGAUUAGAAUGGCUGAUUUAGCAACUUAUGAUUGCCCCUUUCAUUUCGAUAUAGAAAUAAAUUUUUAUGCACCUGA